AAGACCUUGCUUGAAAUUCCCGGCGCCGUAAGAUCGGCGGCGAUUGUUUUCCAUAUAUAUGGUGUCCAGUGGCUCGGCUACAGUAAAAUAAUUCUCAAAAGCUCUAAUUUGCGACAAUCAUCCUCCUCAAUUUUGCGACUUCGUUUUUCUUGGCUGCCUAGCUAAGGCAACAGCCCAUCUUCACAGCCUGUGCAGUCUGCUGAGCAACUUACCUCCUUCAUCAGCUAGUUCAGGCACAACGUAGCAUGUGGUAUGAUCUUAAAUAAAACAGCAAGGUGAGCUAUUUUCAUGCGGGUAGAGAAGGAUGAAAGCAAAUGAAGUAGCAGAUCACGUUGUAAACAUGAUGUCUUUCCAGAUAAGUCUUCAAAAAUAAUUUCCAAUAUCGAAAAUGGUUGUUGUUGCUUUCUCAACUCAUUCAUAAUUUAUUAAUGUAUUUCAUUUUUCGAUAUUAAUCUGUCCACUCUCGGCUUACCAUCGGCUUCUAUAGUAUGUUAAUACUCUCAUCCUGUUCACAGUAAGGUCAUUCAGAUAGCAAUUGUCCAAGAAACCUUUAACAAGUGGCAAUCAUCUUCUGGUACAUAAAUUCAAAUAUGUUUGGCGCAAGAAGGAGGUGAAGUUAGCCAUUAGAUCCAUUAUUUUACAGCACAUAUAUUUUUCAAAACUUUUAUUAUACAUGCACUUAACGGACGGCCAGCCAGCCUUGUUGAUCAUCAUAGUUGCAUUGUUGGAAUCCAAGCUGAUUUCGCGCCAACGUAAGACAGUUAACUGCGGUGGAGUGGAAAAGUGAGGAGCAACUUCGAUAAAGUGAUAGUCCUACCUGUCGUGAAACGAAUCACCAUGUCAAGAAAUGAAAACCCAAAUAUCCGAAGAUCAAAAAGGAUUGAACAAAAGAAAUGUUCUGAAGCUAAGAAAAAAGUUAACAAAAAACUGAAGCUGCAAGAGGACACACAGUAUUUUAGCCAGUCUUUUCAGUUAAGUGAUGGGAGGAUACAUAUAGCUCGUGUAAAGCAAGUCACUGUUCGUGGUGUUCCAGUAAAAGCCCCUGCAGCCACAUCACCACAACCAGAAAAAAGUCAUAAUGUUAUGCCCAGUACAGGCAUCCUGAAAGCGACCCAUAGUUCCACUGUUUCUCAAAAUAAGAAAGCAGAAAAACUGUCACAGAAGCCAAGAAGAAAGACAAACCAAAAAAAAACACCAGCUGCUUUGUCAUCGAAAACCAAGACUCCUGUUGUACCACUAUUGGACAACAUCACAGGAGCACCACAUGAGGGCAGUGGUGGUGUUGCACAAUCCUGCAGUUCAUUUCAAUUGACUGAAGAACUACCACCUGCAAAUACUAUAAGGUUACAUGAAAGUAAUCCUAAGGAUCAGUGUAGUCAAAGACAUCUUGUCAGUAUGCCAAAUUCAGUAACAGUGUUGAAUCAGCUGUCAGAUAGGAACACCGUUACAAAUGCCAUAGAAGGGCUUACAUCUACACAAAGGCACCGGUGUUUUACUGGUCAUCAUGGUGACAACAUAGGUUAUCCGCAUCAAGAGUUUGUAAACCAGUCUUGUGAGCAUAAUACACAGACAGUACCAACCCACUGUCCAUCUCUCAUCAGUCAAAAACAAGCUGUGCCUCAAGUUUCAAAUAUUGAGAGAAAUUGCACUCCUGGCCAUAUACCACAUAAUGUGACAUGCACACAAGAAGCACCUGCUGUACUUCAAACGAACCAAAGGCAGAAUACUUUUUCAAGACAACUAUUUCCACCCAGGCCAAAUGCAUCUUGUUCACAACCUUCCUGUUCUGUCCCCCAUCCUUCAAUACACCCUAGAGGAAACAUAAAUGUAGGCUGUUGUAACCACUCAAGAGUGCCAUUCGGCUCAAAUACCACCACUUUCCACUCACAAAUGACAUGCCAUCCAGUGCAACAGGCACAUCUUUGCUGUAACUGUCAUAAUGUAUGUCAUAAAACACAUCACGUUACUCAGUCCCUUCCUACUAGAGGCCUUGCAGAUGUAGCAAAUUUACCAUUUACACAGCAUUUCCAGCAGGCUAACACUGUACAGCAUUAUGUCCAUUAUAUCAAUCCUUCCAUUUCAAAUUCAUUGGCUGGGUCAGUAGGGCACCACACUUUUCAAAAUCAGCAAUCUGGUGAAACCAACAUACUUCCUCCUGGUCGAACACAGGGUAUUUCUGACCAAGGUACAGCCAAUCCACAGAUUUCCAGUUAUAAUAAGCAUGUUUCACAGUCAACACAACAACAGAAUUCAAGAGGACAAGCACAACACCACACCGUAUUUCUCCCAUUUUAUGGUAAUACUCCUCUUGAAAUAGAAAUAAAAUAAGGAAGGUAGAGGUUUUUAAGUGUGGCUGCAACAUGUAAUAUUGUGUACCUGAUUUAUAUUUGCUUUAAAAGGUAUAGCAUUAAAAGCCAAGUGCAGCCUGAUAAGUGCAAUUUAUGUGCUGUGUUAUGAACAUAUAAUAUAAUGUUUUUGAAUUAUGUGAAAGUUUAGAAGAGGCUGUUAAAAUACAUAAGAGACUUAAGAACUGUCACAAAGAACAUCAUGUUCUAACAAAAUGUAAAAAUGGAAACUAUCACUGCUAUAAGUCAUGUAUCAUAACAUGGGAUAUAAUUGGGGAAAAGUAUUACAUAAAUAAACUAAAUAAACUUGCAAAAGCAGUCUUCAAAUAUCUCAAAGCAAGUUAAUUGCAAAUAUUGAAACUUACAUGUAAUAUGAUAAGAUUUACAUAGCCAUUGUAUAAUUUGUGAAUUUAUUUGUGAAGGGUUUGUAUAAUAACUUUGAUUUGUUAGUAUAAAAUAUUGUCAAAGAAAA